AACAUUUUAUAAUUAUCUCAACAAUCCAAAAAUAUAUAUAUUAUUAGUGAUGGUGUCUUUUCAUAAAAUAAGUCAAAUUCCAAAACAAAGAAAUGUAAUGGAAGAUUUAUGUAAGAAGAGAAAAUGGGAAGAUGAUCAAUUGUCUUGUGAUGAAAUAAAGCCACAAAUUCAAGCAAAAAAAAUUACAACUUUGUUUGGUACACAAUUGAAUCCUGAGACUCCUCUUCCUUUGGAGUGGCAAAGAUGUCUUGAUAUUAAGUCUGGACAGAUUUACUUCUACAACACAAGAACACAAAAGAGAACAUCAAGAGAUCCAAGACUAAGUGAGCCUGAACCACUACCAACACAUCAAGUGCAUAUGAGUUUAGAUCUUGAACUCAACUUAUUACCAUCAUAUCAAUCACCAGAAAAAAUCAACCAAAUUGAUGACAAUUUUGUUAGCAACACCUCAAAUCACUUCAUAAAAAAAGACAAUUAUGAGUCUAAAGGUUUAAUCAAUCGUUCACCUUCAUGGCUAACAUUUGAUGUUGAUCAACAAGAAAUGGUCACUGCAGUUUGCAAAAAAUGUCACAUGUUAGUAAUGAUGUCAAAAUCUUCACCAACAUGUCCAAAUUGCAAAUUUGUACAUCCAUUAGAUGAAAACUACUCCUACCCUUUUUAAGAAAAGGCUAAGCUCCUUUUGAUUAAUUAAUAAAAGUAUAGCCAAGUGGCAAAUAAUAUAGCUAAGCCUCCUAGUACCUUUUAGAAAAACAUUAUAUAUAUUUUAUGUAAUAUUUUCUGAAUCGAAGGUGAACUAUAAUUUCGUAUGGUAAAGAGGAAAUUAUUGUUGUAAAGGAAGGCGACAUUUAUUACUGUUUUCGAUAUGUACAUAGUUAUUUUACCCGGAAAAAAUAGACCAUUGCUAACUUUAUGAGUUUAUUGCUAUGGUAUCAUGAAUGAUUCGUAAAAUAAAAUAAAAA